GCUGAGCUCUGAGGAGCACCGAGCCACCGGGCACCCCCGGUAGCACCGAGCCCCGGGCGGCAGAGCGGUGAGUGCCCCAGCUGGUACCGAGCCCCGGGUGCCCAUGGGGGGGCACUGAACCGCUGAGCACCCCCAGUGAUACCGAGUCACUGGGCAUCCCUGGGUGCCACCGGGACAGCGAGCACACCUGGGUGGUGCUUAGCCCCAGGCACUGCUGGUGGCACUGAGCCCCGGGUGGCAUCCAACACGUGAGUCUCCCUCAGUGACACCAAGCUCUGGGUGUUCCCACGCCAGUGGGCAGCCCUAGUGGCACCAAGCCAGUGGGCACUCCUGGUGGCACCAAGCCCCUGGUGGCACCAAGCUGGUGGGCAAUCCUGGUGCUACCAAUUUCCUGGAGGUACCCACCUGUGCUGAGCCUGAAUGCCCUUGGUAGCACUGAACUCUGGGCAUCCUCUGGUGGCAUCAAGCUGGUGGGUGGCACUCUCGGGGCUGUGGGUUCCCAUGGCGGGUGUCCCCUCUGGUGGAGGCUACUCCAGCCCACACCCUGCCAUUGGUGCUGCCUAUGAGCUUUGCCGUCACCAACGGGCCGGGGACUGGCUCCAUCCCUCUUCCCAACCUCCUCCAUUUUAGGUAUUUCCCAGCUCAGGGCUGCUCAGGGAGCAGGGGGCAGGGUCAGGAUCCUGGAGGUCCUCUGCUCUGGGCCUGCUGGACUGGGGCAGACGGGCACAGGAUGGGCAGGGGGUACAGGUGCUGCCUUGCUCCCAUCCUGCGAAUGGGAAAGGUGGGACCCCCCUACCCAUGGGUGCCCCAGGAAAAGGGACUCUGUGCCCCUCUGCUGGGUCAGGCAGGGCCCCGUCCCCCCAGCCCUUGGCCCUGCCCAGGCCCGUCCCAGCCAGCGUCGCCUGUGGGAUGCUCUGAGUCAGCAGGAGUCUGUGCUCCAUCCUGCCCUCAAGGAGCCCCCAGCCUGAGUGGGGGGUCAGGGGCUCAAGACCCCCGCCCUUGCCAGCGCUGCCAUCCUGCUGAUGAAUGUUCUGGUCUCUGCCGGGACUCUGCACCGUCUGUGGACACUGGCUGCACCGGGGCCAGCCAUGGGGGCUGAGGUCUCCCUGCCAGCCCCUCCUUCCCAUCGUCCGGCCCAGACGCUCAGGACCCAGCAUGUGCACACGCGUGUGCAUGUUCUUGUGUGUGCACGUGUGUGCACGUGUGUGUGCCCGCACGGCUGCUCCACCCUGGCCUGGCCGCACUUGCUGUCGGCACAACCAUGAGCUCAUGGCAUCCCCGCUGCUGCGCCUGUACCUGGGGUGGGCCCCAUCCCCUGCCCGCCCCGCCACCGGAGCCCAUCCCGUGCUUCCUGCCCCGGCUGCCACCCCCUGCCAGCACCGUGACGGGGCGGGAGCGUCCCGCCGCCCGGCCCCCCCACCGGCGUGUCAUGUCCGAUCAGCGGCGAGGCGGGUGCCUGGGGCGAGGGGCUUUGUGCCUGGGCAGCGUGGCUGUACCACCCCCCCCGGCCGCGGUGGCCGAGCCCAUUCAGCUCCAGCGGCCUGCGGCUAAUCUGAGCUGAUGCCUGGCUGCGUGGCGCGGGCGGUGUCCGGUCGGUGGUUUAGGGAAAAGCCCGGCUCCCUGCUCCGCUGGGGCAGGAGGCAGCAGGGUACCCCUCCCAGCGGACCCCCAGCUUCCCGGCUCGUCCUGCCCGGCAGGUUCCUGCGGGACGACUACUCCAUCCAGGUGGCCAUCAAUGACUACCUGGACAUCUACUGCCCGCACUACGAGGGUGCGGUGCCCGCCGGCCGGGCAGAGACCUUCACGCUCUUCAUGGUGGACCGGGAGGGCUAUCGCGGCUGCUACGAGACCCCCGGCGCCUUCAAGCGCUGGGAGUGCAACCGGCCCCGGGCGCCCUUCGGGCCCGUCCGCUUCUCUGAGAAGAUCCAGCGUUUCACCCCUUUCUCACUCGGCUUCGAGUUCCAGCCGGGGGAGACCUACUACUACAUCUCCGUCCCCAGCCCCGAGAGCGCCGGGCGAUGCCUGAAGCUGCGCGUCACCGUCUGCUGCCGAGGCACCACGCCAGAGCCGGUGACAGAGGUGCCCAAUUCGCAGCCCCGAGGGCGCGGGGGCCCCGAGGAUGUGGUGCCUGCCCGGGGCACCGCGGUCCCAUCACAGCCCUGCACCCCGUGCCUGGCGCUCGUGCUCCUGGCCCUGCUCUGGAUCUGACCCCGGCGCUGCCCGUGGCGGGGGGAUGGGCUCCUCUGCCCCAACGCCGCUUCCAGACUCUUCCUCACAGCCACCCCCCCCAAGCCCGUGGGGCAGCCCCAGGCCAUGACCCACCUGCCGGACCUCCGCAAAGCCGAGCUGAGCCGGGAGCUCCGGGCUGGAAGGGCCAUCGCUUGCCACCGGCAUCGCCGCACGUCGGGAUCGCCACGAGUCAGCAUCGCCGCACGCUGGGAUUGCCGCACCCUGGCACUGCCCCGCCGGCCACCUGCCCCGGUGCUGGGCUCCCCUCAGCGAACGCCUGCUCUACCCCACGGCCAUCACCUCAUCUCGUGCCUUUCCCCACGGACCCCCCGCCCCUGGGGCCCAGGGACCCCCAACCCCGGAGCGGGGCAGCAGCUCCGAUGGUGGCAUCCGCCGCUGCCGUGUCCUCCUCCGGCGAGGACACGCUGAUCUGUCUUCUGGGAAGACGCCUUCCUCCGUGCCCUCGGUUUGGUUUUAACCCCUGGUAGUGACUGAGCAAUACAGUAUUUGCAAGAUC